CUGGAGCCCGGUAGCGCCGCAAUCGCGCUUUGGGGUCAGAAUCGGCGCUGCCUCGUCACGCCAGGCCAAGGGCUUGACUCAAAAGGAGCUUCAAGGCGGACCAGAGUUCAAACGAUCGGCAUACGGAGCACGAGUCUGGGCGUCCACAGAACGACGUAGCGCUUGAUCGCUUCCCGGCCAACAAGCCUCCGGUUCUUCAGCCACGAGACCCUCACAACACAACCUCUCUCGGACAUCGGCCAGAAGUCGAACACACACCACACUUGACCACCACACCACACAACUCAGACCAGCACUACUACCUCUAGACACAGCACACACCAUCUUCCACCAUUCAGUCCCAGCAGCGAUCUGGCAAUCCCUCCUCCUCUGUUCCUGCGACAGACCCGACCCCAUCUUCCGUCGACGACAAACCACGCUCGAGCGGUGCCUUUGAGCGAGGAGGGAGUGUGCAAUUGGCUGGCAAAAGCGCCUCGUCGCCAUCCAUCUCGCCCGACGCCUACGAGCUCUCCGACUACAAAGAGAUCGCCGAGCGCAAGGCCGCCCAAGACCGCCAACGCCAACGGCAGGAGAAGAGAGCGCUCAAGCGACAGUGGCUUGAGACCCGAGACGAGAUGAAGUUCUCUCACAGCAUCCAGUUCAAUGCCGUUCCGGACUGGAGCAGCCAUUACAUUGCAUACAGCAAUCUCAAGAAAUUGAUAUAUCAACUUGAGAAGAAUGCGCACCAGGCACGGGGUGGCGAUGCCGAAUCACGACCCUUGAUAUCGACCGAGGAGCCAGAGGACGUAUUCGCAAAAUACCUCGGCAUCGAGUUGGAAAAGAUAUGCUCCUUCUACUCGCUCAAAGAAGGAGAGCUGCUCGAAGAAGUCAACCAGCUCCUACGCGAUAUCGGAGAAGAGGGCCCGUCCAUGGAGACAUCCACCACAUUGCGUCCAACGCAAUCCGAAACACAGAGCACCCACGCUCGACCUAGCAGCAUGCGCAGCCAUGGCUCCGACGAUGAUGACAGCGCAACCGACGAUGACGAAACCACGGGCCUCACGAAACGCAAGGGCAGCAAAUACGGGAGGAGACGGACGGCGUCUAGCAUCCCGGACAUGGCUGCGUCUUCAGAGUUUGGUCGGUCCAGGAGGUACAGCACCACCAUUGAUGACUACGGCGACCAGUCUCUCCUCUUCGGCUCGACGCUGUACUCGUCCGGCAUCAUGUUGAAGAAGCGUAUCAUCUCUCUCUAUGUCCAGCUUUGCGAGCUCAAGUCCUACGUGCAGCUCAACAGGACGGGUUUCAGCAAGGUGCUCAAGAAGUUUGACAAGAUCCUUGACAAGGAGCUGCGGGCAUCCUACAUCGCCACCUACGUCGAUACCGCAUACCCCUUCCGACCCGAAACCAAGCAACUGCUCGACGAAAACAUUGCCAAGAUGGAGGCUGCCUAUGCCGACGUAGUCGUCGCGGGCGACCUGGAGCUUGCCAAGAAAGACUUACGUUCCCAUCUCCGAGAGCAUGUUGUCUGGGAACGCAACACUGUCUGGAGAGAUCUCAUCGGCAUUGAGCGAAGGGCAGAGGCUGCCAGAUUUGGCCAAACGUUGCUGGGACAGGAGACGGGCAUCGUGCCAAAGAGGUUGCAGGGCGACGACGAGAUUGGGCCGGCAGAGACACAGAUCAAGACGCCAAUUGGCAGAAUCGUCCUGCCAUUGUGGCUUACCAACAGCGCUGUGCAUACGCUCUUCAUCUCGGUGGCUGCCUUCCUCACCCUACUCUUUGUUCCCAUCCUGCAGAACCCUGAGCAGCAAAAUUGCCUGGCGCUUCUCGUAUUCGUCAGUCUGAUGUGGGCUACCGAGACUAUUCCUCUGUUUGUCACGUCUCUAUUUAUCCCCUUCUUGGCUGUCGUCCUCAGAGUAGUUCGGGAGGAGGACCCAAGCAAGCCGCCGAAGCGUCUGACUUCCAAGGAAGCCACCUCGGCCAUCUUCGCUUCCAUGUGGUCGCCUGUCAUCAUGCUCCUCAUUGGCGGCUUUACUCUUGCUGCUGCUCUGUCGAAGUGCAAGAUUGACAAGCGACUUGCAACACUUAUCUUGAGCAAGGCUGGCACGCAGCCCAGAACGGUUCUCCUUGCCAACAUGUUCGUUGCCGCCUUUGCGUCUAUGCUCAUCAGCAAUGUCGCUGCCCCUGUUCUCUGUUUUUCCAUCAUUGAGCCCAUGUUGCGGACUCUGCCAACAGACUCAAACAUGUCCAAGGCCGUCAUCAUCGGAAUUGCCCUUGCUUCCAACAUUGGCGGUAUGCUGUCGCCAAUUGCGUCACCGCAAAACGUCGUGGCCAUGGGAAUCAUGCAGCCUGAACCGACAUGGCUCCAGUGGUUCUUUAUCGUCAUCCCUGUUGGCGUCGUCUCAAUCGUUCUGAUCUGGCUUCUUUUGCUCAUCACGUUUCAACCUGGCAAGGGGACGACUAUUGCGGCUAUCCGCCCUCUCAAGGAAAAGUUCACCGGUGUCCAGUGGUUUGUCACCAUUGUUACCUUCGUCACCAUUGUUCUGUGGUGCACUAGCCACACCCUCGAGUCUGUGUUUGGCGACAUGGGUGUCGUGGCCAUCAUCCCCAUUGUUCUCUUCUUUGGCAUCGGCAUUCUGACGAAAGAAGACUUCAACAACUUCCCCUGGACCAUCAUCAUCUUGGCCGCCGGCGGCUUGUCGCUCGGCAAGGCCGUCCGAUCUUCUGGUCUGCUGCAUACCCUUGCCGAGGUCAUUUCGCAAAGGGUCGAAGGCAUGAGCCUGUACGGUGUUCUGGUCGUGUUUUCCUCGCUGAUUCUCGUCAUCGCCACCUUCAUCAGCCACACGGUGGCCGCACUCAUCUUCCUUCCGCUGGUGUACGAUGUUGGCGUGGCCAUGGACCAGCCGCACCCUAACCUGUUGGUGAUGGGCGGUGUUUUGAUGUGCAGCGCCGCGAUGGGUCUGCCUACCAGUGGUUUCCCCAACAUGAGUAAGUUUUCGCAGCCGCUUCCCGCUUUCAUAGAGCGUUUGCUAACAUGGCAUAGCCGCAAUCAUGAAGGAGGACUCGGCGGCAAUCUCUCUUCCCUGGAGCUGGCCAUGCUCUCCGCCUUUACAGCUCGCCCCAUCAUAGAGCUCCGGCAGCGGGAUAAGUCCAAGAUCGAGACGAUCCUCGCAUAUGGCGACCGCAUCCUCGUCGGGCUCAACAACGGCGCCCUUCGCGUCUACCGCCUCAACGAGCUUCCCGCCAACGGCUCCCCAGCGCUGCCUCCACACACCGCAAAUGCAUAUGCGAAUUCGAAUGCGACUCCUCCGCAGAAUGGCGACCACGCAGCCGCCGACGCGGUAGCCAAGCCGACGGAUCUGCUGCGGGAGGUCGAACGCUUCUCCACGCGGGCCAUUGAGCAGCUGGCCAUCAUCAAGGAGGCCAACACCAUCGUGUCCCUGUCCAACUACCACGUCUCUCUCCACGACCUGCAAUCCUACGACCUCAUCGAGACCCUUUCGCGAACCAAGAAUGCGUCCUGCUUUGCCAUCACGUCCAACAUCGUCAGAGACCCCGAUACAGGCGUACCUGAAAUCAUCAGCCGACUGGCCGUUGCCGUCAAGCGGAGACUGCUGCUAUGGAGCUGGCACGAGAGCGAGCUCAGCAACGAUGUUUCCGAGGUCAUGCUCUCCGAGUCGAUUCGAUCAAUCACAUGGGCGAGCGCGACGAAGCUCGUCUGCGGCAUGAAUGGAGGCUACGUCAUCGUCGAUGCCGUGACACAACACGUUGAGGACAUUGUGAGCCCCGGUGCCGUUGGAGUGUCUGGCCAGGGCAGCCGCUUCGGAGCCGUGAGCAGCGCGGGAAUGGGGUACAUGGGCUUGGGGAAUUACAUACCCAAGCCUCUGGCUGCCAAAUUGUCCGAUGGGGAGAUGCUUCUCGCCAAGGAUAUCAACACGCUGUUCGUCAACGACGAGGGCAAGGCCUUGGAGAGGAGACAGAUUCCGUGGCAGUCUGCCCCUGAAUCCAUCGGGUAUUCAUAUCCAUACAUUGUUGCCCUGCAGCCUCCUUCCAAGGGCUCUCUCGAGGUCCGGAACCCCAAGACAUUGUCCCUCCUGCAAACAAUCACGCUGCCCGGCGCCGCACAGCUGCAUUUUCCUCCGCCUACCGUGAGUCUAGCUCAUGCAGGCAAAGGAUUCCACAUCUCCAGCGACCGCUGUGUAUGGAAAAUGGAAGCCACAGACUACGACUCGCAAAUCGAGGAGCUCAUCGAGAAGGGCAAGUUUGAUGAAGCCAUCAGCAUACUGGAGAUGCUUGAGGAUGCUCUCUUGAAGAAUAAAGCAGAGACGCUCCGAGAGGUCAAGAUGUUGAAGGCGGAAACUCUGUUCAAGCAAAAGAAGUUUCGGCAAGCGAUGGACCUGAUGAAUGAAGACGAUGUACAUGCGCCGCCAGAACGGGUCCUCCGGAUGUUUCCUCCUCUUAUCGCAGGCGAGCUAUCCAGAUGGGCGAAUUAUCAGGAACCGCAAGAGACGGCGGAAGCAGCCACGAAGAAGACAAAUGGAACUAGAUCAAGCAGUCCAGAAGUUGCCAGCGAGCCUGUCGGGUCCCCCACCGCCGUGGGAGGGUUUGCCAAGUACUUCAAGGGGUCGCAAAGGAGACCUCAAGCCGACGUCGCCUCCAUCAUCUCGAAAAAGGAUGGAGAAAAUGACGAUUCAGACAACGCCAAAGAGGCUCCAGCAUCAGAGGACAAGCCGCUCUCGGGCAAAGAGCUCACAAAGGCCGUCCUAGAGCUGAACAGCUAUCUCGCCGGUACUCGCGCCCGCCUCCAACGUGUCAUUGAUCCAGUCACGGGCAAGUUGAAGCCGCGAACAGACCAACCUGGCUCAACGAAGGAGGCGGAAGACCGGCUGCUAAAGAUUAGCAUGGACGAAUCCGACAUGGAACGCGAGCAGAAGCUUCGUGAGACGUUCCGGCUGGUUGAUACCACUUUGUUCCGCGCCUACAUGUUCUCACAGCCGUCGCUUGCGGGCUCUCUGUUCCGCAUCCCCAAUUUUUGCGACCCCGACGUCGUCAACGAGAAGCUGUUGGAACACAAUCGAUAUACGGAGCUGAUUGACUUUUUCCACGGCAAGAAACUGCACAGGUCGGCGCUGGAGCUGCUGCACAAGUUCGGCGCUGCCCCGAAACCAAACGAGGCUGCCCCGGCCUUGCACGGCCCAGAUCGCACCAUACAGUAUCUGCAAAGCCUUCCUCCCUCUGAGAUUGACCUCAUUCUCGAGUACGCGGAAUGGACGCUCAAGGCGAAUCCGGAAUACGCAAUGGAGAUAUUCAUAGGCGACACGGAGAAUGCGGAGACCUUGCCGCGCGACAAGGUCUUGCCGUAUUUGCAGAAGCUGGACGAGAGGCUGGAGAUGCAAUACCUAGAGCACAUCAUCAUGGAACUCGACGACACGACGGCCGAUUUUCACAACCGGCUCGUGGAGCUCUAUGUUUCAGCUCUGAGUAAAAGCGAGAGGGGGCAUGAUUGGGAUGAUUUGGAAGAGAGAUUUGUCAAGUUCCUGCGAGAAUCGCGGCAAGUCUACAGUCUCACAAAGGCCUUUGCAUUGAUUCCCAAAGACGAUCCCGCCUUCUUCGAAGCGCAAGCCGUCGUUUUGAGCAACAUGGGCCAACACCGGCAAGCUCUCGAGAUAUAUGUGUUCAAGAUGAAGGACUAUGUCAAGGCAGAAGACUAUUGUAACCGUGUAUACAGACAGCAAGCUCCAUCCGCAAACACAGAUGACUUGGACGAUUCCGGUUCAUCGGUGUACCAUACGCUACUCUCCCUCUAUCUUCAGCCUCCUCCACCCCACAAGCCCAACCUCGAUCCAGCGCUGGAUUUGCUGUCCAAGCACGGCUCCCGCCUCCCGGCCACGUCGACACUCGGGCUGAUCCCCAAUGAUCUCCCCGUCAGCUCCCUCGAGGCAUACUUCCGCGGGAGGAUAAGAGCCGCCAACAGCCUCGUCAACGAGUCCCGGAUCGUGGCAGGGCUGCGCAAAGCAGAGGGCAUAUCCGUGGCCGCCGAGCUGCAGCUCGGAGACGGCAAGCCUGGAGGGCAGGGCGGUAGGAACCGCCAUGUCAUCAUCACAGACGAAAGGCAUUGCGUCGUGUGCCACAAGAAGCUGGCCGGUGGGAUGAGGAUGGGCGGAAGCGUCAUUGCCGUGUUGACGGACAACACCGUCGUCCACUAUGGCUGUUUGAGCAGGGCGACGGGCUCCAAGGCGGAUGGACUGAGGAAGCCCAGCUGGGGAAGAGGGUACUAG